ACGCAGAGCCAUAAUUCAGGCUUGACACUGCAGGCGGGCGGGCAGAGGACGGCGAGCACCUCUGAGGUGAAAACAAGCCCCUAGACGGUGAAAGUGAAACCUCCGCCGUGCCAGAGAGGCAGUUCCUCCCCGGGUCCGUCCACAGCUCCAGGCAGGCGGCAGCAGCCAUGGCGAACAUCGCGGUCCAGCGGAUCAAACGAGAGUUCAAAGAAGUUCUCAAAAGCGAGGAGACCAGUAAAAACCAGAUUAAAGUAGAUUUGGUGGAUGAGAACUUCACAGAGCUGAGAGGGGAAAUAGCAGGUCCUCCAGACACGCCGUAUGAAGGUGGCAGAUAUCAGCUUGAAAUAAAAAUCCCAGAAACCUAUCCAUUUAACCCACCAAAGGUGCGCUUCAUCACCAAGAUCUGGCAUCCUAACAUCAGUUCAGUGACGGGAGCAAUAUGUCUGGACAUUUUAAAAGACCAGUGGGCAGCUGCGAUGACCCUGCGAACAGUGCUGUUGUCUCUACAGGCUCUUCUCGCUGCAGCAGAACCAGAUGAUCCACAGGAUGCAGUAGUAGCAAAUCAGUAUAAGCAGAACCCAGAAAUGUUCAAACAGACCGCGAGGCUGUGGUCGCACGUCUACGCCGGCGCUCCCGUCUCCAGUCCCGACUACACACGAAAAAUAGACAAACUCUGUGCCAUGGGCUUCGAUAAGAAUGCAGUAAUAGCGGCCUUGUCUUCAAAAUCAUGGGACGUUGAAACGGCAACAGAGCUGCUCCUCAGCAACUGAGACCCAUUAAGGUGCGAGGAUCCAAAACCCCCGGUCAUCAUGGCAUCAGCUCCUCGCUGGCACCAUUCCACACCAUUGCCUUUUUGUUAAGCAGACCCCCCCCCCCUUCCCAAACACGCACACAAACGCAUUGAUCACAGCAGUCUGAGCCUUGUUUUAUUAACUUAGUUUGCUACGAACGCCACACCAGUAGCACCGUAGUUGCCAAUGUGUACACCGGGGGCGGAUCUAGAAUUCUAGAUCUGAUAUCCAUUGAUAUCCGCCACUGCCCUAUAUGUUUAAAAUCGCUGCGGAUGGCGCUCAGCUCGUACAAGCUGGCAGCAACAAGAGGGAAACACUUGUUCUUCUGGACAGGCGGGCUACAGGUUGUUUUCCUGCACGUGCUGCCACUCUCUGGUGAAUUCCAGUACUGCACAUUAUACUCAGACCAGCUCAGGAGUAAGAAACGGGGCUCUUGAGAAAACAUCCCAUCCCCCCUAGAUCCACCACUGGUGUACACCCCCGUUGCCUGUCAGAUCUCAUCCAGUCAUUAUGGAGGUUUUAUUUAUUUUUUUGUCCCCUCUUGACUUAAAAUGUGUGCUUUCUUAAUAGACCCAAACAAUCUCUGAACCAUGCAUCCUGUCUUCCAUUUAAUUUGAAACCCUCCUUCACAAAUGUUGUACUCUUAAGUUUUAUUCCCAGAUAUUCCCACCCAUUACUAAAGAUUGGAUGUAUAUGAUUUUCCUAGAAAGGACAGCCUCCUACAUCUGGACACACGCACACGAGGAAAAAAAUAAAUAAACCUGUAAAUAGAUGUGUGUACAUUUGGAAAUACAUUGGCGAUAUACUUUUCUUUUCUUACAUGGAUGGCAUUGUACAACAAAUUAUUUUAAAUAUAAAGAAUGCCUAAUUAACUGUUCUAUCUGGAGAGAUCUUUUUAUGCGUUUGUGUUCCAAGAAAACUCCCACUGCAUGUCCUAUUUUUAUUUUAUUUCCCCCCUCCUUGUACUUGUUUUGGAGGGUCGGCCAAGUCAAAACCCUGUCCGUAGCGGCGCAGGACUUAAGAGCUAGCUCAUGCCACCUUUUCUGCUAGACAACAAUCAAAUCUUUUAUCCAUCGCAUGUUCCAUUGCCUUAUUUCAUUUGGCCAAAUGAUGUGGUGGGCGAGUAUGUUGAAUAUGUGUAAACACCUGUAACAUCUGCUCUGAAAGCUGCCAGUCACCCAGUUUGGAGCUGUAUCUGUGAGAAACAAGAGCAUUUUCUGUUGGUUUUGUUUUGGGGUUGUUUUUACAAGCUUGUUGGUGGAGAAUGUGAUGUCAUUAAGCAUUCAGUUUUGCGCUGCUCUGCUGUGGUGAUCUUUUACUCUUUUCAGGACAGUCACCGUCACCCGCAGGCGCUGAUCAAUCCGCACACAGAUGUAAUCAAUCGGAAAAUGAACUGUACAGUCAAGUCGUUGAACAGGUGUAGAGGCGACGCGCCAUAUUCCACCCAAACGUGCUCGUCUUCACACCCAAAACAACAAAAAGGCUCACGUUUUAAGUAUUAAGAGGCUGGGAUUCCUCUAUCCUCUAAAGCGAGUGGCCUUGCUCAGUGUUGCGGCAUAUUUUAAUUCUGAGGUACAUGGACUGUAAAGGAAAUGUUGAGCAAAUGCUUUCAAACUAUUUUUUUUUAGGUUUAUAUUCUUUUUGCUCGGCCUCCAGCUCAGUCUUUUAUAACAGGGGUUGAAUUGAAACAUGACAGGGGGUUAUUGUGCAACCCUCUGACAGUGGAGUCCACAGGCAGAGCCAAAAAAGUCAAAAAUAGUCAUCAGUGGCUGAUAAAAAUGCACAUAUACAAUCUCUUGUACUUGUAAAUAGUUGAUUUUAGUUUUGAAGAGCUUUGUUUCAGUCACCCGAGUGCACCAUUGAUGGCUGGAUCUACAUUUUAUAAUAUAGACAGAAAUGGAGGCCCCCUCUAUCCUGUCUUGUCAUUCUCCCUGUGUACAAUAUUGCACGAUAAAGCAUUUGGAAAAAAGUGGGGGGCUGUUGCAUCUCAGUUUCUCCAUCUGUAUCAAGACUUUUAAUUUUUUUUUUCCCUCUUGGAAGCAAGCAUCAGAUUAUAAAAAGCAUGGUUAUUUAUUGUGACAGUGUCAUGUUUCUUUGAUUAAAAAAAGAAGUGCAAA